AUAUUAAUGACUAUCACGUAAUUAUAGAUCAUAUACAACAAUAUCACAAUUAUAGUAAAAAUGUAUACAAAAAAAAAUACACUCCUUUUGUCACAAAUCCUGGCUACAUACAAUUCCUCAUUCAUACCUCCCACCCCCUCAAAAAUAGGAAAAAAAAAAACAAAUUUUUUUAUUAAAUUUUUUUGUUAAACAGUUUCUAUAUAUAUGGGCUAUGUAGUUUAUCAAAAAUCUUAUAUUUGAGAUAGUGAGUGCACAUAAAAACUAUAUAUAUUGGGUCCACAUCUUAAUAAUAUACAUUACAAUAUUAUUUGAGAUUGAGUUUUGUGAGAAAAAAACUUGAGCAAAGAAAAUAAAAUCAUGUCUUCUUCUUGGAACUCAGUUCCACUUCAUGUCUCAUAUGAAGUUUUGGGUUGGUUUGCUUUUGUUUGUUGGUCUAUUAGUUUCUGGCCUCAAGUUAUCUUGAAUUUUCGAAGGAAAAGUGUGGUGGGGCUGAACUUUGAUUUUGUGUUGUUGAAUCUGACGAAGCAUUCAUCAUAUCUUAUAUAUAAUGCAUCUUUGUACUUUAGUUCUGCAAUUCAACAACAAUAUAGAGACAAAUAUGGUCAAAAACAGAUGAUUCCAGUGGCAGCAAAUGAUGUUGCUUUCUCAGUCCAUGCUGUUCUACUAACAGCCAUUACAUUGUACCAAAUUGCAAUCUAUGAUCGUGGAAGCCAAAAAGUAUCUAAAAUUACAUGUGGAAUCGUCAUUGUUGCAUGGACAGCAGCAGCUGUGUGUUUCUUUAUAGCAUUGCACAAUCAUCAUUGGCUAUGGCUUCUCUCAAUUUUCACUACCAUUCAAGUUUCUAUGACUGUCAUAAAAUAUAUUCCCCAGGCCGUGAUGAACUUUAUGAGAAAAAGUACUGAUGGAUGGAGCAUUGAGAACAUUCUACUUGACUUUUCCGGAGGGGUAGCUAACUAUGCACAAAUGGCUAUGCAAUCCAUUGAUCAAAGUUCUUGGGUGAACUUCUAUGGAAACAUAGGGAAACUAUUGUUAUCCUUGGUGUCUAUAUUCUUUGACAUCCUCUUCAUGAUCCAACAUUAUGUGUUAUAUCCAGAAAGAAAACGCAAACCAGAGACACCUACUGAUGAAGCCAAAUCUUCUGAUCAGCAUUUGGCUGAGAAUGUCUAAUGACCCUUUUUUUAUAGAGUCUCACGAGAGAGUAAAAAUUGUAUAUACUUUUACUGUGAAUACUAUAAUUUUUGUUUUGAUUCUUGAUAUGAUAGCUUUUGCAUAUUAAUGCAAAAACUGCUGAAUAUUGUUGAUCUUAGUAAUGCCUUGAUAACUCUUUAAAAUACUCAAUCAUUAGCCUAAGUUAUUUGAAGUAUUGACUAUGACGAGGGGUAUGAUUAGGACUAAGUUUGGGGUAUAAACUUGAUUACUUGAUUGAUGGAUCAUGGCAGAUUUAUGAUGGGACACCACAUGGUUGGAAAAAAAAAAUAGAAUAAGUUCCUGUGCCAAAUCUGGAGGAACAAUAAUAUAUAUGUGUGAGAGUUCCUGUGCCUAAAACUGGAGGAACAAUGCUGUGUAGGGUGCUCCAUUCGGAGUAACAGGUUGGACUCAUUACAAGUGAGAUCCCGUCAGGUGAAAAGGUGGAGUAGCACCUAAAGCAUAAGUUAAAAUGAAUUUAAGUGGUGUUCCCUGCAUGCUAAAAAUCAAAAAAGCCUGUGAAAAUCAUGAAAAGCUAUAGUUUCCCCCCUUGCUGAAAUCUGAACCCAAACUCUAAGUUAUAAGAGAGAAAAAUGUGGCUUAGUAUUUGAUUGAGUAGUUUUGGAGAAGGAUCCUGGCAUGUCUUUGGUCAUCAGUAGUAGGCAGUACACACACACGCAAAGCUGUUGUUGAUAGUUGACAUGCAAGAGUUAUAUCAAUUUUUGUAAUGCAAUCCAAUGUUUGAACCUUAAGAUCUGAUGUUUUAGUAUCAAUAAAGUGAGUAUCUUUUAAUGGUC